AUGGAUCUCAGCGACAGCCAUCGGGGCCCCAGACAGAAAAGGCGGGGAACUGAGACGUGCAAUCAGAGCGCUCUAUCUUUCCUCUAUGAACGUUACUCGCUAAUGCUGAAAGCUGCAGACUAUUGGGCCUCAGUUGUUUCCAAAUACCUUGACAACCCGCUUCACGCUACAGCCCAAUGCAGUAUUGACUAUCAACCGGUGCCAUCCCUCAUCGGCCAACACAGCCAGGACCGCGGCGGUAACGCCAUAGGGCUCUCGGGGUCAGAUCCAAACCGCUUAUUUCUGGAGCUUCAGUGCUCGUGGGCCAGCGCUGGGGACGACGACACUGUAUACAAUCUGACGCGGGAGGUUACUGAGUGGCUAGAGACCAAGAUCCCAGAGUGGAAUGUGCAGGCUGGCCUUGGUGAGUCCAGUUACCUGCCAUACUUCAUGAAUGAUGCUAUGGGAGAUCAGAACGUAACCGGCUCAUAUCGAGGAUACGUUGGUCUGAAAGCAUUGCAGCAAGAGGUUGAUCCGCAAGGGCUUUUCAGAUCGCGUGCCGGUGGCUUCAAGUACUAG